AUGGACCCGCUUCUGGAGCACGUCCUGAGCGGGGUCAACAGUACCUCAGGAACCACCUCCUUAAACCAGAGUGACCCGCUGGACAUGUUCUCAGGCCUCCAGCUGCUGCUGCGCUUCAAGCCUCUCUUUGUGCCUCUCUACUGCCUCCUGGUGGCUGUGGCCUGCAUAGGCAAUGCCUUCCUGCUGGCCUGCAUUCUAAUCGACAAGAAACUGCACAAUGCCACCAACUUCUUCAUCGGCAACCUGGCCGCCGGUGACCUCCUGAUGUGCCUGAGCUGCGUGCCUCUGACUGCCUCCUACGCCUUCGACGCCCGAGGCUGGACCUUUGGCCGACCACUCUGCCACCUGGUUCCCCUACUGCAGGCGGCCACCGUCUUCGCAUCGGUGCUCUCCCUGACCGCCAUCGCUGUGGACCGCUACGUAGUGGUGGCGCAUCCGGUGCGGCGCCGGAUCUCGUUGCGGGCAUGCGGAGCGGUGGCGCUCGCUGUCUGGGCCCUGUCCCUGCUGCUUGCUGCACCCCCAUCGCUGCACACCCGCUACUUGGACUUGCGGCCUAGCGGCAUGGAGCUGGUUGUGUGCGAGGAGUUCUGGCCAGACGCCCGGCGCUUCCGCCUCCUGUACUCCUGCCUCAUGCUGCUGGCCUCCUACAUGAUCCCGCUGCUGUCAGUCUGCGUCUCGUAUUGCGCCAUCACCGCCCGCCUGCGACAGCGCUGCCUCCCCGGCGCCCCCACGCACAGCCAGAACCGCUGGAACCGCAAGCGGCGGAAAACCUUCUCCCUGCUCGUGGCCUCCGUGCUCGCCUUCGCCCUCUGUUGGCUGCCGCUACAGGUGCUCAACCUAUUGCUCGACCUGGAUAGCGACUUCCACAUUGUGGGCAAGCGCUAUGUGAACGUGCUGCAGGUGUCCUGCCACCUGGUGGCCAUGAGCUCGGCGUGCUACAACCCGUUCAUCUACGCCUCCCUGCACAGUAAGGUCCGACUCCACCUGCGGGCGCUUUUGUGCCCCCGGCGCCAGCCAGGAGGAUUCCUCUCGCUGCGGGCCUCCCGCCACACCGCCACGUGCCUCAGUCUGGUGUCCGAGCCUCUGGCUAAGGAGGGCCGUGACGGCCCACUGCCUUGCGCGGACAACCCCCUCUGA